AGCAUCAACCACCCACCCAAUGGCCAGUUCAAAGUUGCUUUGCGUCCUAGUGAUUUGCGUCGUCCUCGGCGCGGCGUUGCCGAUGACGGAAGCGGGGUUGCCGUGCCCUAGAAUCCGGGGUUUGGUGGCGCCGUGCUUGACAUACCUGCAGAAAGGCGGGCAACCAAACCCGAACUGCUGCGGCGGGAUUAAGACGCUUGUCAGCUCGGCUACUACCACCAAGGACCGCCAGGACGCCUGCAGGUGCUUGCAACAGUCCGCUGGCAUGGUAUCUGGACUCGUACCGGCUUUCGCCGAGGCCCUCCCUUCCAAAUGCGGAGCCAACAUUCCUUACAAGAUAAGCAAAUCCACCAACUGCAACAGCGUGCACUGAGGCGAUGAACAAGAAAAGUGUUAGUGGUAGCAUAUCAAGAAUAAAAAAAAAAUAAGGGAAAAGAAUAAAGAACUGCGUGCUGAGUUUGGAUGUGUCUCCACUUUUGGCGAUCGACAGAUAUUAGUUAUGUCUUGGGCGUGUUUGUCACAUACAUGGCCGAUUUUUGUCGGUACAUGGUUAGUAUGUGUGUCACAGUCCUCAGAAGUCAGAAAAAUCUGUGUUGUAGCU